UCACUUUCUUCUCUCUCUCUAUAAUCUAAGACCCUCUCCCUCUCUGAGUGAAAAUGAAGUAUUCUUCUUCUUCUUCUUCUUCUUCUUCUUCUUCUGGAGGGAAGAGUCCAUUAACACUUCAGAGGACCACCCCCAAAAUAGUUGUCCUAUUAACCCUCACUUUCAUCCUCCUCACCAUCCUCUCCCUUUAUUUUCCCUUCCUCUGGCAGCAUAAAGGAGCACCCUCCUCCUCCAAGAACUCGUCACCAUUAUCAUCCCCCUCCUCCUCGGACAUAGUCGAAAAGACGGGCAGUGCCACGACCUCCUCGUCGUCGACAUGUGACAUUUUCAUGGGGGAGUGGGUUCCAAACCCAAGGGGACCCUACUACACGAACAAGACGUGCUGGGCGAUCCACGAGCACCAGAACUGCAUGAAGUACGGGAGACCCGACAACGAGUUCAUGAAGUGGAGGUGGAAGCCCGACGGAUGUGAGCUUCCCAUAUUUAAUCCAGCUCAGUUCCUCGAGAUUGUUCGGGGAAAGUCUAUGGCAUUUGUCGGAGACUCCGUCGCAAGGAACCAAAUGCAGUCCAUGAUUUGCCUCAUCUCCAGGAUUGAAUACCCAAUCGAUGUUUCGUAUACGAAGGACGAGAGAUUCAAACGUUGGAGAUACACAACGUACAACUUCACUCUUGCCAGCUUCUGGACUCCCCAUCUGGUGAAAUCCGCGGAGACGGACUCGAAUGGCCCCACUCACACUGGGCUAUUCAGCCUCUACCUCGAUGAGACCGACGAGAACUGGACGUCCCAGAUCGAAGAAUUCGACUACUUGAUCGUUUCUGCCGGGCACUGGUUCUUCCGUCCAUUAGUAUUCCAUGAAUACCGAAAUGUAGUUGGCUGCCACUAUUGCUUGCUCCCGAACGUUACCGACAUGACGUUGUUUUACGGAUAUCGGAAGGCGCUUAGGACGGCUUUUGGGGCCAUAAAUGGCUUGAAGAACUAUAAGGGUAUAACCUACCUUAGGACGUAUGCCCCGUCCCACUUUGAGAACGGGAUGUGGAACCAAGGCGGGAACUGUGCAAGGACAAGGCCGUUCAGGAGCAACGAGACGGCCUUGGAGGGCGCGAACCUUGAGGCUUACAUGAUCCAGGUGGAAGAAUUCAGGAGGGCCGAGGCAGAAGGACGGCGGAAGGGGCUCAAGUACCGGCUCCUCGACACCACCCAGGCGAUGCUGCUCCGGCCAGACGGGCACCCGAGCAGGUACGGGCACUGGCCCCAUGAGAACGUCACACUCUACAACGACUGCGUGCAUUGGUGCCUGCCCGGGCCCAUCGAUGCAUGGAGCGACUUCCUGCUGGAGAUGCUGAAGAUGGAGGGCAGGAGAUCGCGGCAGGAGAAGCUUAUCUACAGCGACCGGAGACUGAGGGCAAGGUAGUAGGUUUCAUAGGGCUGCAGUAAAUUAUCGAGUCACUCUAUUGUAAUUUUAUCCUCCCGAUUGGUAUUUAGCUCAUCAUCAUAAAUAAUGUGUGUGAUUUAUUAAUGCAAUUUGCAAGAAGAAAGAAUGUAUUUUGUCGAAAUUAAUGAGCAUGCUUGGUGGAAAUGCGCUGGGCUCAACUACUAAGGAUAGCAGAAAGCCCACUGGCUUUGGCCCA